UGUUAGUAUUGCCUAGCAACAAACGUUCCGGUAAGCAGAGGAGAGUUGGACUGAGAUGAUUCUACUUUGAACAAGGGUACACAUGUCAAGUUCUUUUGGCUAUCCCCUCAACUACCUCCUCCGAGUCAAGCACCACCAAGCCAAUCUAAUCGAACCGAACCGGCCUCCGCCUUCGAAAGCUCUCGGGUAUCCGCCUCGAGCAUCCCCCCCCCCCGGGGGGGCCGGCAAAACAAAACCGCGAAUCUCCUCUUCCGGCAACUCUUGGCAGCCCGCUCACGGCUCCAAAAAGUGUAGAAGAUCGCAACCCCCAUCCAACUCCACCACUCGGUCCAACUCCUACCUCCAAAACUCCUUCAAAACCACUACUCAGCCGCGCGAGUUCCAUCCCGGUGUUAAAUCCGUGUUAGCUGGCGUGGUUGAUGAGCUAUUUGUGAGAACGCUCGAAAACGGCGGCCGGCUCGAAAAUCCUCCCUCCGCGGCGGCCGUGGCGGGGUUUCGAAAAGUGUAGAGACCGCAGCUCCCCCGGCCUCUAACUCAGCCGUUUAGACCAAUGGCUUCUCCAAAAAGUUGUUCAAAAAUACUACUCAGCCGUGCGAGCUACGUCCUGGUGUCAAAUUCGUGUUAGCUUGCGUGGUUGUUGAGCUAUCUACGAAGAAGUGAUGGGAAGCUUGAAAUAUGGAUUUUGACCGCCAAGCCGAUAUGGCUUACUAAGCUAGCGACCUGGGCGG